AUGAGCUCUGAGUUCCAGGCCAUGCCGAAAGCCCGGUGUGUGUCAUGCCAGGAGUAUGUGCCUCCUGUAGCCCUCGGUCUCCAUGUCAAGACAUGUAUCCAGUCUAAAGUCAAGGUUGAGACCCACAGUGAUGAUGACACUAUCAACUUGGAUGACGAAGUGGCAUCUGAUGAUGUGCAGCCAUCACAUUUGGAGAGUAAGGUUGCUUGUCCAUUGUGCAGUCAACUAUUUACAAAAGACGACAUCCAUGUGCAUGCAAGUGUCUGCGGGGAGAGCAACACAAAUGAGGAAGAUGCAGAUAUUAGUGAGGACACCGAUGAGCACUUCGGAAGCGUAUCAGACAUCCUGAUGUCACUUGAAAAGAAAGUUGACACAUCCCGGUCAUUCAACAUCAAUGUGACAAGAGAGGACCUGUUUCAAAGGGGGCUGAAACAGUGGGCCAGGCAAAAACAGGCCUCCCCAAAGAAUCUCCUCAGGGUCUCCUUCAUUGGAGAAAAUGGAAUAGACCAAGGCGCUCUUCGUAAAGAGUUCCUCACCGAAAUGGUGUGUGAAGCACGUUUUUUUGAAGGAGAUGGGGAAAGGGGGAAAAACCCUAAAUACAGUAUCUGUGACUACCAGGACAACAGUUUCAAGACUUGUGGGGAGAUUUUUGCCACAAGUUUGGUGCAGGGGGGUCCUGCACCAAACUUCCUUACAAGAUGGUGCUACCAUUUCUUGUGCCAUGGGGAGAUGGACAAGGAUGUUGGUGUACUCGAAGUCACUGAUCAGGAUAUUAAAAAUCUGAUGACAGAGGUGGAAAAUGCAGAAGGUGGAGAAAGGCUGAUAGACUUAUCAGAUGCGAUUGUGACAUGUGGCUACACUGGGCUAAUAAAUGUUGACCAAAAAAAGGCCAUCACAGAUGCCAUCGCUUUGCAUGCACUGGUGAGGCUGAUCCCGAUCUUGAACCAGCUGCGUGAGGGAUUGAGGCUCUACGGAUUAGAUGAGGUGUUAGCACAGCACACCCAGAUGUGCCAGCAGCUCUUUUGUCCCCGGCCACUUACAGGAAAAGCAGACAGCCAAGAAGAGGGCAGCCCUGAAGGUCAAAGUCACGCGGCAGCUGUGAACGGAACAAAUGGUGGGGGGAGCCUGUCAUUCGGAGCUUCCUUCAGUGGGUCACAGGUCAGGCACGUGUUCCACUGA